AUGCCCCCCAGCUUGGCCCGCGUGCGAGGAGGGUCGGCGGGUCCCACGGGCUGCCCGGGGCGCGGGGUGGACAUGCCUCACUCGGAGGCCAAGGAGCCGGACCUGCCGCCGCAGUAUGAGGACCCCACGGAGGAGGAGGAGGAGUGCCAGCAGGAUGAGGAGGAAGGGGCGAGUGGUUCGGCCGGUGCCGACUGCCAAGUGAUGCUGGAAGGGAAGUUAAGAUCCUACUUCUCCUCUCUGGACUCGACCAUUGAGCUCUUAAAGAAGAAGGCCCAGGACAUCAUCCAAAACAUCAAUGAGAGCAGGCAGAAGGACCAUGAACUCAUGAGCAACUUCAGGGACAGCCUUAAGAUCAAGGUUUCAGAUCUGGCAGAGAAGUUAGAAGAGAGGAUGUAUCAGAUUUAUAAUUACCACAACAAGAUUAUCCAGGAAAAGCUCCAAGAGUUCACUCAGAAAAUGACAAAGAUCACCCAUUUGGAAGCAGAACUCAAGGAAGUCUGCCACACAGUGGAGACUGUCUACAAUGACUUGUGUGUCCCGCCUGAGUUUGCAUAUGGGCCUGACUGCUAUAGGGGGAAAACCCCACCACAGCCAAGCAACCUAGAGCCCCCAGACCUGCUGGUUUCUGCUUUGUGUAAAACUGUUUCUCAAGAAGUUACAGAAAAAGGUGGCCCCAAACUGUGGAGUUAG